UGCCAGGGGGAUGGGCUUAGUGUGGAAAACCCAGCAGACUCACGUCACGCACAGCAUAGGAAACGUUCCUGUCAGUCUCUGCCCGCAGCAUCCCUCAGUGCGGGGAAGGGGCAAUGGUCGGAGAGCCCGUCCCGGACGCUGAUUGGCUGCGGCACAGGUGCCUCCCCUGCCAGGUGCUCUUUAUCUCUGUCCGGCUCCAGCUGCUGGGCGCCCUGCGGAGUGUGUCUUGCGGCUCCUCCUGAGAGCGGCGUGGGGAUGAGCCCCGGCAGGUACCUGCGGGGGGCAGCGGAGCUUGGGGGUGCCCCGGAGAUCCCGGACCGGUUGCGAACGUUUCCCAAGUCCGUCCUCAUUGCACUGGUCCUCCUGGCACUGCUGCAGGUGGGCUGCACCCUGGGACUCUUCCUCUACGUGAAGGCGCAGGUGAAUCCAAGCUGGAUGAGUGAGGGAGAGAUGCAGUGCUGGAGAGCCAUUCUGAAGAUGAGAGAGACACCGCGCAGCAAGGAUGCGUCUUCAGAUGAUGAAGGGAAGUUAAAUCUAUCUGAUGAAAUGAAGCUGGCGUUUAAUGCAGCAGUACAGAAGGAAGUACAAGGGUCAAUUUCAGAAAAACAGCCCCAUACAGGAAAUACUGUAAUGGAAGGAUCAGUUUUGCCAAGUAACAACAAUCAUCAGACAUGGCCAAUUACGCAUCUUACAUUAGGCAAUAAUACCGCAGAUGGACCAUCCAUCGUGCACCUGAAGUCUUGGAAUAACAAGCUAGGUUGGGCAAAUGAACAAAACAUGAGCUACAACAAUGGAACAUUGAAAGUCUUACAAGAUGGAUUUUAUUUUGUCUAUGCCAACAUUUGCUUUAGACACCACAGAGCAGCACGGAAACUUUCCCAAGAUGCAUUGCAGCUCAUGCUUUAUGUCUGUAAAACAAAUAAAAGUGGAAGACCUCCUGAAACCUUAAUGAAGGGAGGAAGCACUGCAAUCUGGUCAAAUAAUUCAGUGUACAACUUUUAUUCUGUCUACCAAGGAGGUGUGUUCAAACUGAGCAUCGGAGAGGAAAUAUUUAUCAAAGCUUCAAAUGCAGCCCUACUGGACCCUGCUCAAGAAGCAACCUACUUUGGGGCAUUCAAGAUUCUUCCUAUACACCUAUAAUAUUGUAUAGUCCUUAUUCUGCUUUCUUACUAGAUACAAAAAAUACAAACAUAAGCUUUCCCCAAACUUUAGGGCUACAGUGUUUUGAGGUUUAACCCUAAUCUAAAAAGUCCAGGAAACCUUUAUCUCAAGUGUACUGUAACAUAUGAGUACUGGGCAUUUACGUAGGGAAUAAUUUUUAUUUUAAUAGGACAGUACAUAUUAUACAGUGCCUAAUUUAUAUACAGUAGCAACAAAAAGGAACAACGCACCAAAGUGGGUUUUUUACAGACAUUUUGAGAACUUCCUUUAAAGUGUGUUUCGAAGGACCGGAUUCUGAGUAUUCCUCCUCAGUAUACUGACAUUCAAUGUAUUCAUGCUGGCAUGAGACUUUUUUUUUAUUAUUUUUCUUUACUAGGUGUGCAUAUGAAACCUGUAACCAGGCAAGAUUUUUUGUUUUAUUGCUGAGUUCAGAAAGUAAAUUAUGCAUUUGUUAAUUUUCAGUUGCCUUCUAUAUACUGUAUGUGCUAUCCAUUCUCACUAAUGCCCUUAUUUAU